UGUUAGCUAGGGCGUCAUCCCUCCCCCAAUAUAAAACCCAAGCCUUCCCAAAACCACUCACUUUCUAAGCUUCUGCAGCACCAAAAAAACCCUAGGCCGCCGAGACCCCCAGAGCUGCAGAUCUCGCUCCUCUCUCUCUCUCUCUCUCGGAACACCAUGACUUUCAAGCGCAGGAAUGGCGGCCGCAACAAGCACGGCCGCGGCCACACCAAGUUCAUCCGCUGCUCCAACUGCGGCAAGUGCUGCCCUAAGGACAAGGCUAUCAAGAGGUUCUUGGUGAGGAACAUCGUGGAGCAAGCUGCGGUGAGAGAUGUGCAGGAGGCUUGUGUCUAUGAGCAAUACACUCUGCCGAAGCUGUAUGCUAAGAUGCAGUACUGUGUGUCCUGUGCUAUUCACUCUCACGUUGUGAGGGUUAGGUCUCGCACCAACAGGAGGAACCGUGAGCCUCCACAGAGAUUCAUCAGACGCAGGGAUGAUGCCCCAAGGCCUGGAGCACCUGGUCAGGGACCCCGACCUGCUGGAGCUGGUGCUCCUGCUCGUACUUGAAUGAGCAUAUGAAGCCUCUUAUGUUAUUGAUGUUUCCGUUUAGCUACACAACUUGCUGGACCUGAGUUUUGUGUAGGAAGUCUUGUUAUGGUUUUUGUUGUUCAACUUUUUGAGGAUUAAACUAUUGUUCAUGGAUGUUUUAUUUUUGCUGAUAAUGCAACUUAAAUAGUUUAAUUAUGAUUUUGUUUCA